GAGGUUAUGUGUCGGAUUAUCAGGGCUUGUCAGUGACUAGGUUGUGAAACUUUGAUAACUAAUAAACUGCAUAGUGAAAAAAGUUCAUUGUGAUUUAAUUUUUCUGAAAUAUGAAUUUUUUUUACGUGACUCAAAUCUUCGAAUAGCACCUUCCACCGGUUUCUCGGUUUUUGUCACGGUACUUCUCAUACGUUCUAGCAUCAAGUGUUCAGCUGUCAGAGUGAAGAUGAAGUUCAAAGUGUUCGAAUUUAAUCUCCGAAUCGCUAUCAUGAUUCUAUCAUCUUGUCUGAAUCAUGUAGUGGUCGUAGGUAGUGAACAGAUGAGUAUCCAUGAUAGAAUGUACUUGACAAUUGACAGCACGGCUGCUUGCUUCCGAGUCAUGAACGGCACUCACUCCUUUGGAUGCUCUUCAAGCUUAAACGGAAAUGUGGGCGUUAUCCAUUUGAUUGAAUCACCUGCUGAUCUCACAUGGUUGGUCAAUGGUACAGGGAAAGGGCCAUAUGUUGUAGCGCUUCGUCCUCCAAUGUUUCGUCAGAGCACCCUAUCGCAACUAAUUGGGAAUGAGAAAAUAUCGGGCAUGCUUCUAAUGAGUGCCCCUAGUGACCCCAGGGUGAGUUCAUUCUCCCAUGCCGACUCGUGUCCAAACAGGUAUUCGAGUCUUCCAGGCUCGUGCGAUCCUGAAGCUCCAUGGAACGAGAAUGGAACAGCUUUGCUGCUCCAGGAUUGGGGCUUCCCAAUGUUUUUCAUAGAAGAUGAAGAGGCCAUAAAUAACAUCACACAAUGCUUUAAAAACUUUAAUCUGCCUCUGGAUGAAACUCAGAAUGACCGGGCUCUCUGCGCUUUGGAACUUAGCAGCCAUAUGUUUUCUGCAGUCAACUCUCGUGUCUGCACCCGAAGGAACGAACUCAUGUCUCUCAGCAGCUCUUUCUCACCAAUCAAAUACUGCGACCCAAUCGGUGGCAAGAACAUUUACUUUCCAGUCCCACCGCUGAGAUCUCCCAGCGAGACUGCAAACGAGUCGGUGAUUAUCGUAGCCGCCCGCAUGGACGCAGCAUCUUUGUUUUAUGGCGCUGCUCCAGGAGCUCUCUCUGCUGUCACUGGCACCGUCACAGCAUUAUCCACGGCCAAGCUACUAUGGACUCUUUAUCAAAGCGCGCCUGUUGAAACAAAUGAGACGGUAUUAUUCUUGCUUUUGAAUGGUGAAACUUAUGACUACAUUGGCUCAACUCGUGUUGUCUACGACAUGAAGCAGAAGAUGUUCCCGAACCCUACCAAAUAUCUGAGCACUAAAAAUAUCAAAUUAUUUAUCGAACUAUCACAACUCAUGUCCCCAAAACAGUUGUAUUAUCACUAUAGGAAUGCAUCGAAUCCGGAAGUCGUUGAAAAUUUCAUUCAAAAGCUCUCAAAGUCAGUUCAAACAGUAAAUUUCCUUCCAGUAGACGGUUCUCUGCGUUUGCCUCCUGCAUCAUUUCAAACAUUUUUGAAAGAAGACCCGAACAUACCAGGCUUCAUUCUUACCAAUGACUAUAAGAAAUUCAACAACAGGUACUAUGAAAGUAUCUAUGAUGAUGCCCAGAAUUUGGGCUAUGAGUAUUCGAAUGGUACUAAAGGAAUAUUGCCGGGUUCCGUACAGUUUCUGUUGGCAAAUCUAUCAACAUCUUUAGCCCGCGCUCUUUAUGAAACAAUUUUCAAGCAGGCGGCACCAGACAAUGCAACAGUUACACCCAAGCAAGUGGAUGAGCUUUUAUAUUGUUACUUGGAGAACCAAAAUUGUUCGCUGUGGAGGUCUUUUGCCUGGGAUGCAAAACUGGACGCAAAGCCAGCAUCCCUUUACGUUGGUGUUGAUAGGCAUACGAAUGUUGCGACAACCUUCACAGCUCUGACUCUGGCAGAUUUUACUGCUAACAAGACUACCAUCCCCUUUGAGCAAUGCUCAACCGAUACAAAUACUUCAUUGGAUUGGAGUUAUAUCUGGAUGUACGGAGAUGCAACAAGUGGUCGGUGUAUCAAAACGUAUGUCAAGCUCACAUCUGCAUCUAGUCCUGCAUUUGAAAUCCCAGAUUACAAAUGGGAUUCAGGCGAGUUUCCAACAUGGACCGAGUCUGUUUGGAGUGAGUUCAGCAUGAGAAUGUUCCUGAAACCAUCCCGGAGCUAUGAAAUAUUUUCGUUAUCUCUCGGUGUAACGGUUAUUAUCUUGUCUCUCUUCCUAGUCCAAAGGGUUAAUCACUGCGCUGGUUCUAUCUUCAAUUCAACUCCGUCAAGUCCUGGUAGCUAGGGCUUAAAUGGAAAUCACAUAGCGCUGACAGUCCUAGAAGGAGCUGGAUCCCCCGUUUCUGUAUAAGACGAUAUCUUCGAUUCAAAGAUAUCCUCCUGAAACAACUUGUACUUACAAAAUGUUAAGUACUCAUAAUUUAUUUACUGUAACUGUUUGUUACUGUAACUAAUUUUGUGCACUUAUCUGUAAUUUCAGGGAUUCAUAUUCCCUCUGAAAGCUCCCCACUCAAUGUGUUACUGUCUCAUCUCCUCUUCUUGUUUUGAAUGUAAGUUUCGAUGCCGCAAUGGGUCAGUUGCAUAAAUCACUGAAUCGUGCUUUGAAGGUUGAAACUUAUAAAUAUGUAAAGAAGAUUAAAAUCCUCUCACAUUCAAAAUUUCUGUAUCAAUAUUAGUAGCGUUAUCUUUUCUUUAAAAACCUGAUCGAUUAUGGUCUGUCAGAACUGUCAAGACUUGAUUCUGGGAUUUAUGCAACUGUCUAGUUUUCAGAUAACUGUUUCCUCACCAUGAAUUAUGUAUCUCAAAGAGCAUUUAUUAAUCAAAGGGCAGUUGUAAGAUGUGUUUCAGGAUUUAGUAAAUGUUAAUGUUCCUUUAUGAGUUCCAUUAUAAUUAAAUCAACGUAUGCGAAAACGUCCGAUGACCAAGACAGCGUUUCAGAAUUUGAAUGGACAAUUUUGUCGUAACUUAACAACACAAGAUGGUUUAAGAUGUUAGGAAUGUAGAACAAUUUUAUAAAUAAUCCCCUAAGUGUAAUUAAACGUUUACAGAAGAGAUCAAUCCUAUUCAUCAGUGUCUUCGGACAAAAGAAACCCAAUUAUGAAACCCUGUAUUGGACAACGGACGUUUUCGCAUAUGUCAAUUCAAUUCGGUCAGUCACCCAGGCAUUGUUUGGAUAUCAUCAGUGGCGAUUUUUCAAGUUGGCAACACUGCUGUCCCUCCGUUCAAAUUCAUUAAAAAUAUUGAUUGUAAGUGAGGCAAACUGCCUCAGUAAAAAUAUAAUAUUUUAUAUACAUUUAAAUGGAGGAAAAACGGUGUCACCAACUUUCAAGAAUUGUAACUGAUUUGCAUGUGUAGCUGGUUUCUCUGAACUUCACUAUUAUAAUGGUCACCAACUUCAAGUGCAGGAAAGUUAUCUGAAAUUAGAUUUAUCAAUGUAUAAGAUCAGUAUUGUGCCUUAAAAGUCCAGAUGCAUUCUGGUCUUGAAGCCAGAAGGAAAGCCUACAACGGAAAGUCGCACUGAUUUAUUUUUGUCUUAAAUGGUACGAUAUUUUCAUUAUUGUUUUUUUUUUGGGGGGGGGGGGGGGGCGCCUCAACAGGUAAUUUAUCAGAGAUGAAUAAUCAAAUCUUAAAUGGAGGAAUAUCAGAGAGAUUUGCUGGGACCCACAGUGAUCUCUAGUCAGAGGAAUGUUUCCUUUAAUUCUUCAAAAUUGGAUUGAACUUAGAACCAAAUUAUUGAGUAAAAUAAAAAACGAUUUUGUAUUUUUGUCAAGAGUUUUAAGCCCUCCAAUCUCUAGGGUUAAAAAUCAAUGAGACUGCGUGAAGGCUGUAUUUAACAAAAGGAAGUAAAGUGAUGUUUUCAAGAAAAAAACAUCGAAACAAGUUUUGACUUUGUCCAGAGGUUUACGUUUUCUUGCCGAAAAUUUGAGGUUUACAAAAAAUCUAGUGUUUAAAGAUUUGACUUAAAGUCAAUUUUUUAUAUUGAGCCUUUGGUAGAAAUUAAUUCCCUUUGCUAAUUGCUGUCAUGUAAAAUUAAAAUUGCGUCCCGAAAAAUUCGUAUAAUUGAUUUUUUUCUUGCAUUAAGAGAGGCUAUUCAUUAUCUGUGAUAGGUAAAACAAGACGAAUGCAUUUCUUGAGUUGAUUAUUGUUCCCUAUAUUUAAGAAUUUUUGUCUUAUUUGAAUUAAAUGGCACUUAAAUGAUUAAUUUCUCUCCAAGUACUAAUUCAGUAUAUGAUUUAAAAUAAACUGAGCCUCAUUCUUUUUCGCUGGUUUCUAGUCAGGCAAUUAGUUGAAGAAAGCGAUAAUUUAAAUGAAAAAGUCCUUGACACUCAAUCAGCGUUAACGAAUCAAAGUCAACGAUGCAAUUUUAGGACAAACCAAAUUGUGGUUCCAACCUUGGCAAUCAGUAUAAU